AUGAAAGAGAAGGAAUCAAUCAUAGUGCGAUACGAUGGUCCUGUGCGUCAGGUUGAGAUGAUUUUGAGCCACUCCUUGUCGAAUGAGCAAAUUGCGAGAUAUAGCCGUCAAUUACUGAUUCAGGAUUUCGGGGUCAAAGGUCAGCAAAGAGUGUCGUUCGCAAAAGUUCUCGUGGCUGGAGCUGGUGGAUUAGGAUGUCCAGUAGCAAUGUACGUGGCUGGUGCGGGUGUACAUACCAUAGGAAUAGUUGACUACGAUGAAGUCGCUAUUGACAAUCUCCACCGACAAGUAGCUCAUAAAGAAAGCAUGAUAGGGAAGUCGAAGGUGGAAUCUCUCAAGGAGUUUCAUAAACGGGCGAAGAAUACUGAAGCCAAUGUUCUCUGCACGCUGAACAGUGCAGUAAACGUGGUAACUUACAAUGUCUUACUCAACAGCAGCUGUGCAUUGGAUAUUCUGAAGCCAUAUGACAUCGUGGUGGAUUGUUCGGAUAAUCCUGCGACAAGGUAUUUGUUGCCCUUCUCAGGUCGAUUCAUUUCGAGACUUUCUCUUUUUGGAUAUCUUCUCAAUGACGCGUGUGUUCUCCUCGGUAAACCUCUGGUGAGCGGAAGUGCGCUGCGAUGGGAAGGCCAGCUCACGGUAUACAACUGUAUCGACGGCAGUGGGGAGAGGAGUCCUUGCUAUCGUUGCUUAUUUCCUGUUCCUGCGAAUCCAGCUCAUGUAACGAACUGCAGCGAGGGUGGCGUGCUUGGACCCGUUGUAGGGGUCAUUGGCAGCCUACAGGCACUAGAAGUUCUGAAAAUUGCCGCCGGCUUGACACCCAAUUUUGCUGCGAAAUUGUAUCUAUUUGAUGGAAGCUACGGAAAAUCUCGAACGAUUCAACUACGCCAGCGGAAUAAGCAGUGUGAUGUUUGUGGUGAUAAUCCCACGAUCACAGAACUUAUCGAUUAUGCGGCUUUUUGUGGUUCAGGAGCGUGUGAUAAGGUUUGA